AUGCACCAGUGGCUUGUCGAGCACACAUGGAUCGUUUGGUACAAAGGCACUCCAGGGUCUCAUCAACUGGUCUGGAAACGUUCGUCGCAAGCACGGCCACCACGACGCUGGGACGGUUACAGCUGUAUUUCCGGUAAAACAGAUCCAUACGGACGCAGCCUUGCCUCCGCGACGAACACCCCCAAUCAAAAAACCGUACCGCAAGCAAUUCCUAGAGAAGGCUGCCUGCACUUCUGGACUUACACAGCCUUCUUCAGUCUCUCUGGUAUGAGCAUGUCCGAUGCUGCCUUCAAGCCCUCCUUAGAUCCGGGCCUGCACCGCUUCGGUAUUCUUGAUUCCAAAGGCGACUGGUGUGGGACUGUUGUCCUUGACAAGACCUGGUUCAACGCAAGAGGCGGAAUCUAUGAGUUCGCUGCCAUCUCAGAUGCCAAAGAUUUCGCGUUGGAGGAAUACGAUAGCUGGACGUAUUACAUUCCUGAAGAGCGCGAACAAGCUGAGUGGUAUCUCUAUUACGCGCUGAUGAUCCAGUGGAGAUCUGGUGUCUACGUGAGGCUGGGACUGGCGAAGAUAUACAAGACGGCAUUCGAGUCGGGUUCUCUCAAGCCGGGAAUGCAAUGGAAAGAGUUGACGUUGGGGUAA